AUGCUUUCUUCCAUAUCACCAAAAAGAUAUAGUUUUGAUAAACAAGGAAAUAUAAAAGAAAUUGAUUUUUUAAGUUGCAAGAGUAUUAUAUUACCACAACAACAUUUGAAUGCAAAGGACAAUUUUAUUUGUACAACAAGCAUUCUUCCAAAUUUUUAUGAAACACCACCUGAUAAAGCUUCAAAAUUAAAAAUGACACAGGAAAAUAAUAUUGAUAAGGCUAAUAUGGGUACGAAUGUAUACGUACAAAGAACAUCAUCACUUAGUAACAUGAAUGUUCUUCAGUAUGCAGAUGAAGUACACAACAAUUUACAAGAUUCAAAUGUUCAUGAAAUAAAUGAACCAUUAAUUUUUGCAGAUGUUAAUCAAUAUUGUGGUGAUGCAAAUGCCCAAGGAAUUGAUCCAGGUGUAGUAGCUGUUUCCAAUGCUUUGUUUGCAUAUAACAGUGCCUUCCAAUCUAUACCAAUUAAAAGCUCUCCAAACGUUUUUAAAAGAAGAUCAAAAGGAGAAGCAAAUUCAGAAUGGAGUAAUGCUUUUGUAACUAGAGUAGACCCAUAUGAGUGUACCGACCCAGAAGAAGAAUUUAAACCUUAUGAAGUUACCAAAUAUUAUGAUGAAGGAAAGGUUAAAACUGUAUUUAAUUUUGAUCAAGAAAAUUAUAACCAAGAUAUGUGA